AGAAGACAGUAGACAUGUCUCUGAUUGGACAUGUAUAUAUAUGUGUGUGUGUGUUGGACAUGUGUCUCUGUGUCCAGUGUGUCUUCUCAUCGUGUCCUCUGGACGUGUGACCUGCUGAGACGUUUGUUGAUUGAAUCUCAGUCGGAUGAAUUCCAGGAGAGAAAAUCCCAGCGAGGAGUGAGGACACGAAAACAAUCUGAGGGGACGCGUUGUUAACGAGUUCCAGCAGGACGGACGUCAGCAUCCAUCAAGAGUCAGAAAUCAGUAUUAAAAUGUUUUAAGUAAAUCUGAGUGAGAACACGGUCCAUGAUCAAUUAUUGAUCCUUAAAAUGGACUGAAGCAUUUCCAGAGGGAGGGACGGAUCAGGCUGAACCGUUAACAGAAAAACAAACCAUUCGCCAAAAUAAACACUGGUGGGGGGGGGGUCUCCGGUGUCUCUCCACCACUAAAGACCACAGCACGCAUGUCUUCAGUCACUUAUUCAUGCUCAGACAUCAGUCACCUGCUGCUUCACACAUCCGUCCACCUGUCCAGCCCUCCAGGCGUCCAUCAGACUGUUCUUUCAGAUGGAGCUGAACCUCAGACCCUGAAAACAGUGGGCGGGUUUGGCAGGUACCAAUGGAUCCAUGUGACUCUGAUCAGUUUACCUGGUUUGCUGAUGGCGAGUCAGAACCUGCUGAACAACUUUGUCUCAGGAAUCCCCUCCCACCACUGUCGCCUGCCGGCCAAUCACAGCCUCUACAACACAUCCCACCUCCAGGUGGAUCAGCAGCAGCUUCUGAAAGUUUUCAUCCCAAUGGACUCGUCAGGAACAAAACUUGAUCGCUGCCGCAGGUAUGUGGAGCCUCAGUGGCAGCUGUUAACCACCAGCCCAGGGAACGUCAGCCAGAUACAGACAGAAGGAUGUCUGGAUGGAUGGACAUUCGACAGCUCAGAGUUCCUCGCCACGACUGUGUCCGAGUGGGACCUGGUGUGUUCCCUGCGUCCUCUGAAACAGAUGAUUCAGACCAUCUAUAUGGGCGGAGUACUGGCAGGCGCCAUCAUCUAUGGUGGUCUCUCAGACAGGUUUGGAAGGCGGUCUGUCCUUAUUUGGUCGUACCUGCAGCUCGCCAUCCUUGGCUGUAGCUCCGCCCUCUCUCCUUCGUACUCCGCCUACUGCAUUUUUAGGUUUCUGAGUGGGAUGGCGGUGUCCGGCAUCAUCCUGAACGGAGUCUCACUGAAGGUGGAGUGGAUCCCGACGAAAGAGAGGACAUUAGUGGGGACACUCACGUCCUUCUUCUUCACCUUUGGUCAGAUGAUCCUGGCGGGGCUCUCCUAUUGGCUGAGAGACUGGAGGAAGCUGCAGGUCACUGUCUGCGCUCCUCAGUUCCUGUUUUUUGCCUGGAGCUGGUGGUACUCAGAGUCGGCUCGAUGGUUGGUGCUUAACGGUCGGUCUGAGGACGCGUUAAAGAGUCUUCAACGAGUCGCUCGAGUCAACGGGAAAACAGACACCAUCGACAAGUUGACGGUGGAGGUUCUUCACUCUCACAUGAAGAAGGAAAUCGAGUCGAGUCGUUCUUCGUUGACGGCGUACGACCUGCUGAGGACACGAGGGAUAAGACGGAUCUCCAUCUGUCUGCUCGCUGUCUGGUUCUCUACCAGCUUUGCGUACUAUGGGAUUGCGAUGGAUCUUCAGAAGUUUGGGGUGAGUAUCUACCUGAUCCAGAUCAUCUUUGGAGCUGUUGAUAUUCCCGCCAAAAUUCUGGCUGUGGGCAUGCUCACUUACCUGGGGAGGAGGGUGACUCAGGCCACCUGUCUCUUUAUGUCCGCCCUCGUCAUCUUCGCCAACAUCUUCGUCCCCACAGACAUGCAGAACACAAGGACGACGUUGGCGUGUCUCGGUAAAGGUUUCACCUCAGCGUCCUUCACCACCGUCUACCUGUUCACCGGAGAACUCUACCCCACCGUCAUCAGGCAGACAGGAAUGGGCUUUGUGUCAACCAUGGCAAGAGUCGGCAGUAUGGCGGCCCCCGCCGUCCUAAUCCUGGAUGAGGUGUUCCCUGCUCUGCCCAGUGUGGUAUACGGGGGGGCUGCGGUGCUGGCCGGCUGCUUUGCCUGCUUCCUGCCAGAGACGCUGAACGUGCCACUGCCUGAAACCAUCAAUGAUGUGGAGGAGAAAUGGUCUAGGUUACGCCCCGCCCCCAGACAAGAAGAGGGCGUGUCUUUAAAAGAGGGUGGUGACUCGUGUAUUGGGGGUGUGGUUUCUGCUGAAAGCGUUGCUUUAAAAGAGCUGAAGGAGGCAGAAGGGAUCGGACUGAACGCCCUCUGAACAAUUAGACGGCUGGACAGAUCUUGGACCAAUCAGAUGGCUGGACAGAAGCUGGACCAAUCAGACAGCUGGACAGAGCCUGGACCAAUCAGACAGCUGAAGUCGUUAAUAAUGAACCAAUGAGAAUCAGAUGAAUGACAGGUCUCACUGGAAGUAGAAAUUAAUUAGAUAAAAUGUUUCAGAUGUAAACAUCUUCUGAUCAGUCUGAUUAUUGAUUAUUAAUCAGAUGUUUGUUUACAGCAGCAGUGAUGUUUAGUUUCUGUCGAUCAGUAACCGACCUAAUAAAACUGAUUAAUAUCAGACAA